CUUCUUUCAGUAGACGGUUAACGGCACACUCUAAAAAAAUGAAAUCUGCUCCCCCCUCUCUUACUUGUGCACUGCUCGCACAUUCACACGGUUCUUAUCGUCUUUUCGUUGACUUCGUAUCCUUAUAAGUUCAAAGUCUGAAGAUUAGGUUUAUUCUUCCAAAGGUUUCGUUUCUCAGGUGUAGUUCAAUCUAGAAUUUCCGCCCAAACCUUGGAAUGGUAUGUUUGUCUUUAGACAGCGGCUGAACUUGUUGCAGAAAAAUCUUAGAACGCGGAGGAAGCACAAGAACCUACGAAGGCAAUCAAAGAUCACGAACGAAGAACUGAAGGUCGAGAGCCUGCUUUCUUGACUGGAAUCUAAGGAGUAAGGCAGAGACCCGAGCAAAUGAAAUCUCAGUGG